AUGAGUGCUCAACCAACCACAAAAGUCCGACUGGUUAGAUGUCCUAGAUGCCAUCAAGUUCUUGCAGAGUUGCCGGAUGUUCCUCUAUACACAUGUGGAGGAUGUGGUACAAUUCUCCAAGCUAAAAACCAGAAAAAUGAAUCCAACGAUGCAAAUGUACACGUACAAGAAACAGAUACUAUUGUAAACACUAAACAGGAUCGUGAUACAGAAGAGAAGGAAGAGACCGGCUCUAAUCAAGAUUUAGCGCCUCUCUUGAGUGGAGAAUCCUCGCCAGAAAAAGACAACACGGGAGUUCACGGUGAACAUGAAAAAAGCGUCUCUGUUGAUAUUUCUAGCUCACCUGAGAUUAACUAUUUCAAGAGCAAAGAUUCAUCCGCUGAUGUCAGAAAAUCUUUGAAGCAGGAUGAGGGCAAAUAUCCUUUGGAGCAAAAUACCGACAGAUUUGAUUCCAGGUUUUUACAGGAUUACGAUAGGGAAUGUAGUAGAGGCAGAAACUUGUCUGAUGAAUCUCCUAGCUCAAGUGAGUUUAAUUGUCAUGUGGUCGAAGUGUUGACUCAAGAAGUUAGACAACGUAUGGAAUGGGAUAAUACGAUUCCUUUGGACGAAUGCCAUGGAAGGAAUUCAAUGGAAGUUGGAGAAAACACAGAAGGGAACAAAAGUCAAUAUCUUGUACCAGAAAAUGAUGUUAAUAAUCAGAAUAUUUCAGGAAGUCUAGGAACUUCAUCAAGUUCAGCUGGACGAACUACUGAAGUCAAUGAGGAUAUCAAGAAUCAUCCAAACUUUAGAAGCUUGAGCAAAGAAAACAAUAUGAACACACAUACUGGAGAUGUGUUUAUUGCUGCUCAAAUCCCCUUGAGUGAGACCACUGUGUCAGUUGAUUUCCUCACUUCCGAUAGUGAACAUAUGGAGCAUUCCCGAAGUCCUCAAAACUUUGGCAGAGCAAGCUCGGUAGAUACUUUGGGAAGUUCGCGUCUUGUUGAUCCUAUUACUAAUCUCAGUGUUAAACGUGGGGAUAUGUUUAAAUCUCCAACAAUCAGAACUUAUUAUGCUUAUGAUGGUAGCGUAUCGUCUUAUGAGGGAACCGAUGAUCAAAUCCCCAACCAUGUUUUACAACCUUCCAGAAGAAAAUUCGAGUUGCCUGAAACGAGAAGAUAUGACUACGCCAAUGGAAACAGGACAAGGUUUGAUGAAGAAGGUACUUCUCGCUCACCAUUCAGUUCCAGCGAUUUCUUGGAAAAUCACGAAAGUGGAAAUGGAAAAGGAAAAUCUUUGGGUUAUCAGCAUAAUCUGUUUGAACAUCAUCCUGGCUUUUACUCACCAGACAAGCCUUCUUACUCCGAACCAGACAAAAUGGACUUGCUGAGAAUGGUAUAUGAACUCAAAGAUCAGCUCCACGGGAUGCGGUUUUCAAAUGAUAUGACAAAUGGAAGGUUUCCUGCUAUCAUGGAUGAAAAGUGUACUCCGUUGUACUAUGAUCAUGUAGUACCAGAAAGGGAGAUGCAUGCAGAUUUGAACCAUCCUACGUAUCAAAUGAGACAAGGUCAAGUACAAGGUUGGCCCGGACAAUGCAGAGCCUCGAGAACACCAUAUCACGGGGACACUGCACACUACAAUCGCCAACUCAACUGCUCUUGUGUGCACUGUUUUCCCCAAGACUGGCACUGCUCACCACAGUUUUCUUCACAUUCCAUGUGCUAUGACAGUGCUCAUUCCAUUGCCUUGAGUUCCUCGACUCCCCAGCAUUACAUGAGCUCCAAGGUUUCAUUAUUGGAUGACGAGAUGAAAAGGUCAUAUUCGAGGGAGAAAUAUCAGGUAGCAAAGCGAUAUAUCCGGCCUAUAGCUGGUGGAGCCCCACUUCUUGCUUGUUAUCAAUGCUCGGAAUUGUUGCAGCUACCGGCAAACUUUCUCUUAUUCGAGAAAAAAAUUCAUCGACUGAGAUGUAAUGCUUGUCGGGAAGUUCUGAAAUUCUCACUUCUGAAAGGAACAAAUAUAGUUCAAUACGUUCCUGAUGUUUUUUCCCCUCCACGAAGUGAGGUUGACAAUUACAAUGACGCUACCAGUAAGACAAACCCGGUACCAAUCUCUCGUUCCAAUCCUCGACCAAAUGCUAAGCAUGUUCUGUAUUCUGAUGAUAAUGAGCAGUCCUGUAGAAGUAGUUCUACAGAAGGAGAGGCUUCACUUACGAGAUCUUCAUAUGACCGGCUUCAGAUGAACACGUCCAAUAACAAGAUAGCAUCUGUUAAUGAGUCGAUGGGAGAUAGAAAAAUGAAGUCCACCUUGAGGGAGUCUCAGACCAAGGAGAAUUUAACAAACACUAAAGAAUCCACCAGUACUUCAUCGAAGAUGCCCAAGUGGAAGAAAGAAUCUGCAGAGAUCGAAGGUUCUCCACUUCUCCAGCUUAUGGGAUAUUCUUCCUUAAGUCAAGUAUUAAAAUAA